AGUAAGCACAACGCGUUGCGCCCGCCGAGAGUCAGUCAGUCGGUAGCGGGCCCACGAGGACGAGUGAGCUGUGCUGGGCUGCCUCGCGUGGCGCGACUCAGUGAGCGUGUAUGUGUGUGCGCGCGCGCACCUGUUCUACAUACUCACGUCUAAACCUUAUUUGAAAUGGGAACCAACGAAGAAGAUCAGAAUGGGCCGAAAAGGUAUCGGGAGGGAGUUGUCAACCCAGCAAUGUUGGCUGAUGAAAAUACAAACCUUACUCCUCCAGCUAAACAGGCCUACUUCAAAGACCACCAAAUUCUAAUCCCAGAAGUUGAAAUGAAAGGCUUUAGCUUUAGAAAACUAUGGGCAUUCACAGGUCCUGGGUUCUUGAUGAGCAUAGCAUACCUAGACCCUGGCAAUAUCCAAUCUGACUUGGAGUCUGGUUCCGUUGCUAUGUAUAAGCUACUUUGGGUUCUUUUGUCUGCAACAUUGCUAGGCCUCAUGAUACAAAGGCUAUCCGCUAGAUUAGGAGUUGUAACUGGCCUUCAUCUGGCUGAAAUGUGUUAUCGUCAGUACCAAAAACUUCCCAGAAUAUUUGUGUGGCUGAUGGUUGAGAUUGCAAUCAUUGGAUCUGACAUGCAAGAAGUUAUUGGAACAGCUAUUGCUCUCUAUUUACUUAGUAAUAAACUCAUCCCAUUAUGGGCUGGAGUCUUGAUCACUGCUGUGGACACCUUCACAUUUCUGCUGUUAGACAGAUACGGUCUCAGAAAGUUGGAGUGUCUAUUUGGAUUUCUCAUCACCGUGAUGGCAAUUUCCUUUGGAUACGAAUAUAUUGUUGUUGGACCAGACCAAGUAGAGGUUUUGAAAGGUAUGUUUAUACCUUGGUGUGAGGAUUGUGACAGUAAAGCCCUUAUGCAGGCAGUGGGAAUUGUUGGAGCUGUCAUCAUGCCACAUAAUAUGUAUCUUCAUUCUGCUCUUGUCAAAUCUCGUCAAAUUGACCGCAAAAAAUCUGAAAAAGUCAAAGAAGCUAAUCGCUACUUCUUCAUUGAAGCCUGUAUAGCUUUGUUUGUAUCGUUUAUUAUCAACGUUUUUGUUGUGUCUGUUUUUGCUGCGGGCCUCCAUAACAAAACAAACCAAGAAGUGCGUAAUGUGUGCCUUUCUAAUGGAAACAGCAUGGCAGACAUUUUCCCUGAUGACUAUGAAUUGGUUGAUGCAGAUAUUUAUAAUGGUGGUAUAUUUCUUGGAUGUCAAUUUGGCAUAGCAGCAAUGUAUAUUUGGGCUGUGGGUAUUCUGGCUGCUGGUCAAUCCAGUACAAUGACUGGAUGUUAUUCUGGUCAGUUUGCUAUGGAGGGUUUCCUUAACCUGCAAUGGGCUCGCUGGAAGAGAGUUCUUUUGACCCGAACAGUUGCCAUCAUCCCAACAUUCUUUGUUGCUUAUUACAGUAAUAUUGAUGAUAUGAACAACAUGAAUAACUAUUUGAAUUCAAUUAUGAGCCUUCAGUUACCAUUUGCUCUGAUUCCAACCAUCGCUUUCACAAGUAGUAGAGCCAUCAUGGGUGAUUUUGUCAGUGGCCCAGUCACAAUAAUUGCUUCAAUGCUAUUAGCUACUGUUGUGAUUGGAAUCAAUAUAUACUACGUAGUCAAUCUUGUAGCUGGGUGGUCUGUUGGUUGGGCUGUAUACUCAGGAGUUGCCAUCUUUGGAGUAUUUUACUUGUGUCUUUGCAUAUACCUAUUCCUUCAUAUGUUGGCAAGCUUGGGUAUUGUCAAGAGUUUUUCUAACAGCUGGUUUGUGGAGAAAUAUAUCUAUUCGUCAGCAACAACCUUUGUACUCAGCAACCAGUCAAACUACUCAAGGUCUGAAGAAGAAUUACCGCAGGUUAAAGCAUGAUUUACACUACAUUUCUUGAAGCUCUCAAUGAGCAAGAAUAUUGCAUGCUAAAAGUAAUAAUUGGUGUAGCAGUCUCAUUUACCUCCUGUUUAUGAAUGUGAUAAUAUUAUUUUUGCAUGAGAGUGAAUACUAAAAAGAGUUAGAGAAAUAUCUAGUUUUGAAUUUUGGUAGCGUUUAAAAUGAUCAGAUUUUGAUGUUUGCUGCCACCCUGAUGUUACCAGAGGCAAAUCCAUUCCAUUUUUAAUUGCACUAGAAAAUAUAGACCUCUGGCAGUGACUCCUGAUAGUAGUCAUCUGUUUUAAUGGUAGAAAAAUACAAUUGUUGAGAAGAGUUGCAGAUCUUAAAUGAAUUGGUCAAAUAAUUACAAUAGUUGAUAAGGUGUGUACAAUGUUAACUAUCAUUAUGUUCUUGAAAAGUAGUAUUUACUCUUUGAAAGCAGCCUCAACUUCAAAGCUUUCUUUAACAGCAUGAAUGAGCUGGCUAGUAUUUGUUUUGUUUUGUUUUUCCACCUUUAGAAGUAAGUGUUCUUAAUGAAGGUACUCUGCAAGCUAGUGUGUAAUUAAUCUACUUUUGUUUGUGGAGGCAUAAGAAUUAAAUAUAGUGCCUCAUUUGAAAGUGUUCAUGAAAAGAAUAGAGUAACACUUAAACCUUUGUGUAAGCCUGUAUUCAGGAACUUGUGAGCAAGUCAUGUAGGCGAUCUCAUACUUGAUCUCAUUUUGAAGCUGUUAGUGUGUUUGCUGGCAGUUAUAACUUUAGUUUGCUUGCCUUUUGUUAAUUCUUGUCAAGGUAGUGUCCUUUUUGAAGUCUAUGUUUUCUUAUGACUGAGUACCUAUCUAGAUUUUUUUUUCCAUUGGGAACCAAGGGAGGUGCUUGACAAUAAAAGUUUUUUAGCUGGUG